GUGCGGGGCCACCCCGAGCCACUCCCCGCCCCGAGCCCCGCGGCGGAGCGGAGCAGGAGCGCAGCAGCUCGGCUCGGCACGGCUCGGCACGGAGCAUGGAGCCAGCAAGGCGGUGGCGAGCGCUGCUCCUCUUGGGGCUGGGGCUCUCGCUGCUGCUGGUGGUGGCCGGUGACUUCUGCAACGUCAACCACUGUCAGAACGGGGGCACCUGCCUGACCGGCAUCAACGAGGCCCCCUUCUUCUGCAUCUGCCCUGAAGGCUUUGUGGGGAUCGACUGCAACGAGACAGAGAAAGGCCCCUGCCACCCUAACCCUUGCCACAACAACGGCGAGUGCCAGUUGGUCCCAAACCGAGGGGACGUCUUCACCGACUACAUCUGCAAGUGCCCCGCGGGGUACGACGGGGUGCACUGCCAGAACAACAAGAACGAGUGUUCCUCCCAGCCCUGCAAAAACGGAGGCACCUGCCUGGACCUGGAUGGUGACUACACCUGCAAGUGCCCUUCUCCCUUCUUCGGGAGGUCCUGCCACGUCCGCUGCGCCGUUCCCCUGGGCAUGGAAGGAGGAGCCAUCUCUGACGCGCAGCUCUCAGCCUCCUCCGUGCACUACGGCUUCCUCGGCCUCCAGCGCUGGGGGCCGGAGCUCGCCCGCCUCAACAACCACGGCAUCGUCAACGCCUGGACCUCCAGCAACUAUGACAAGAGCCCCUGGAUCCAGGCCAACCUGCUGAGGAAGAUGAGGCUGAGCGGCAUCGUCACGCAGGGCGCUCGCCGCGUGGGCAAGUCGGAGUACAUCCGCGCCUACAAAGUGGCCUACAGCCUGGACGGCAGGGAGUUCACCUUCUGCAAGGACGAGAAGCAGGACACGGACAAGGUUUUCCAGGGGAACGUGGAUUAUGGCACCAUGCAGACCAACCUGCUGGACCCUCCCAUCACGGCCCAGUUCAUCCGCAUCUACCCCGUGGUGUGCCGCCGCGCCUGCACGCUGCGCUUCGAGCUCAUCGGCUGCGAGAUGAACGUGUAUUUCAACACGGCAGGUUGCUCGGAGCCUCUGGGCAUGAAAUCCCACCAGAUCUCUGACCAGCAGAUCACAGCCUCCAGCGUCUUCAAGACGUGGGGGAUCGACGCCUUCACCUGGCACCCCCACUACGCCCGCCUGGACAAGACGGGCAAGACCAACGCCUGGACGGCGCUGCACAACGGGCAGGCUGAGUGGCUGCAGAUCGACCUCGGGGACCCCAAGAAGGUGACGGGCAUCAUCACACAAGGCGCCCGUGACUUCGGCCACAUCCAGUACGUGGCAGCCUACAAAGUGGCCUACAGUGACAACGGCACCUCCUGGACCCUGUACCGGGACAGCCAGACCAACAGCACCAAGAUCUUCCACGGCAACAGCGACAACUACUCGCACAAGAAGAACGUCUUCGACGUGCCCUUCUACGCCCGCUUCGUGCGCGUCCUGCCCGUGGCCUGGCACAACCGCAUCACGCUGCGCCUCGAGCUGCUGGGCUGCGACGAGUAGGGGCCGGGGCAGAGCAACCAGAGGGGGCUGCCCUGCCCUGCCCGCCCCCGCGCACCUCCCGCUCCAAACCUCAAGCCUCCCUCUCCCCCUCCUUCCCCCAAAUUCGGAGGCGCUGCCUUUCUGCCCCGGCUGGAUGGGGCUGGGGCUGCGGCACUGCACUUUACGGGGCUGUCGCGGGUGGGACGUGGGGAUGGGCCCUGCUCUUUUGCCCCGUGAGCUGGGAACGAGGGCCCCUUCUGCGACCAGGGCUUGGCUGUAGGACCCCCGCCAACCCUGGAGCCAACUUCUCUGCCCCUUUUUGCUUCUGCUUCCAGCAGCGAGGCUCCAGCCAGCAGCAGCGCCGUGCCAGAGCUCAGGGCUUGGCUGUUUUUGGAGGGACCCAAACCAGCCCCCGCCGCCCCUCCUGCUCCCUGCACAGCUGCACGCAGGGGCUGCAACCCCUCAGCUGGGUCCCCUGUCCCUUUUGCAAGGCCCCGAGUCCCCUUGCGGGUGGUGUCAGUGCCGCAUAGUGCGAGGGGAGUGAUGAGAGGGGGGAGAGGCUGCUCCUAUCACAAAGUGCCGCGUCUCCUUCGCCGGCAGCUCUGCCCCCAGGUCUGGCUUUUUGGCAGCUGAGAGCCCUCCCCGGCCCCCCAGUGAGGCUGUUUUUUUUCCCCAAGGGAGCAAACCCAGGGGUGUGCAGGUGGUGAGGGCACCCAGCCCUCCUAACGGGGGAAAGUCUUGGGAAUUUUCUCUCCCCUUUGAUCGUGGUCCCAGGGUGCCAGCACCAGCCUCCUCCAAACCUUCAGCAGUGCCACCGUCCCCUCUUACUGGGGGGGCUGCAGGUCCCUCGCCCCCAGAGCCAGGCGGUGGCUGCCCUCUGCAGUGGGUCGAGGAGCUGGGCUGUGGCCAGGGGGUGCCAGGAGGAGCAGCAGCAGGCGCUGGCUGAACAACCCGAGUGCAGCGGGCAGACAGCCCCAUCCCUGACCCUUUUUAUAACCUGAUUUUUCCCUUCGUGUGCUGGCGGGGAGCCUCUCGAUGCCGGAGCAGCCGGGAAUGGCAGUAGGAGAGAGGCGAGGGCUGGCACUGCCAGGCAGGAGCGUGGCUGGGGGCUGGGGGGCACCUUGGGACCGUGUCCCCGUGGGCAGCACCGGUGGCGACGCCGUCCCCGUGUGCUGGGAGGGGAAGUGGCCGCGGGGCCGGGCUGGCGUGGAAAGCACCGAGGGGACCUGGCUGGUCUGGGGGUGGCCCUGCUGGGGUGUCACUGACAGUAUUAAAACCAGCUGAAACUUCA